AUGCGCUGGACGACUUGCGUCUCUGCUGCGGUUUUGGCUGUGGCCAUCGUGAGCGAGGGCUCGACAUUAACCCCGCCUGUCCUCCCUUUGACUGUCCGGAGUCCAUAUUUAAGCACUUGGUUAGGUAGUGCUCGAGGCCUACCAUGGGAGCAUUGGCCCAUUUUCUGGACUGGUCAAGAGGUGGGAUUAUCUGUUCUCGCUGCAGUGCCAAAAUCCAAUACUGUGUUCCCCCUCCUCGGCAGACCUCAUGAUUCUCUCCCCAAAGUUGGAGAGAGCUUUAACAUAUCGUUUCCGACCUACCUUGGUGCAACCUUCGAUGCCUCCACUACGAAUCUUACAUAUAGUAUCCCCUCUCCAGCAUCCGCCCAGGACUCACUACGGGUGAUUCUGUCGUUCCUCUCUCCUAUAACCCCAACAUCAACCCUACGACAAGCCAUCCCAGCGUCUUAUUUGACAGUUCAUGUCGAUGGCAAAUUCGACAUCAAUAUAUAUAUUGAUCUUAAUGGGUUAUGGGUCAGUGCAAACCGCGGAAACACAAUUCGCUGGGAGCUUAGCCAGUCAGAAAUUCCGGGCACAAAGGAGCGACCCCUUAAAACAUGGAAGGUUAAUCGGACGACAGAGCAACUGUUAACGGAAGAUGCUGAUCGAGCUGAAUGGGGCACAUUGCAUUUUACCGGCCCUCCUGAUGUUCGUCAUGAAGCUGGAACUUCUGGCCUUCUUCGACAGCGUUUCGCACGCACGGGGACGCUGCAAAAUAUUGUGGAUGACCGUUUCCGCGGAAUCAUGGAUGAAGAGCCCGUUUUCGCAUUUUCCAAAGCAUUCGUCCUUAAUGGCACCUCUGCAGCAGGUUGCAAGAGUCAAGAUAGUGUCCUCUUCACGAUAGGUCAUAUCCAGGACCCGGUUGUUCAGUUUGCAUCCGCCAGAGGGAUGACUCUUAUGCGGCCCUUAUGGAAAGCUUACUACGCUACGGCAGACGAGCUUCUCAAUUUCCAUUACCAUGACUUUAAUACGAGUUUCGAACUUGCUAGCAACUACUCGACGCAACUAGAAAUUGACGCGCUGAAGUCAGGUUCGGAAGACUACAAGGAUAUUCUUGCUUUGAGUGCUCGCCAGGUCCUUGGAGCUUGUAGCUUCUCUGGCACCGAAGAUAACCCCGUCAUCUUCUUUAAGGAAAUAUCAUCUGAUGGCAACAUGAACACCGUUGACGUCAUUUACCCAGCUUUUCCAUUCUUCUUAUAUACGAAUCCAAGGUGGCUGGCUUACGUCUUGGAACCCCUUAUUGAGCAUCAGCUUAGUGGACAGUACCCGAACGAUUACAGCAUGCAUGAUAUUGGGUCGAGCUUCCCAAAUGCCACCGGUCAUCCAGAUGGUAAAGAUGAAUACAUGCCCGUGGAAGAAUGCGGAAAUAUGCUUAUAAUGGGCCUGGCGCUUAUUAAUUCUCUGAAAUACGAUGCCGAGCCAGCGAGCAUAUGGUCUGCAGCUGGUUCCACCCAAUACAACGAGUUUGGAAAGUCAGUAUUUCCACUCCAGGUUGAUGUCGAUGGGAUGGACGAUACAUUCGGCGGGCCAAUUUCGUCCAAAGGUGAAAAGCAAGCAACAAAAUGGAUCAAGAAAUCCUAUAAAUUAUGGAAGCAGUGGACAGGUUACCUCGUUCGAGAGGCCCUCAUCCCAAGCAAUCAACUGUCAACAGAUGAUUUUGCUGGCUGGCUAGCGAACCAAACAAAUCUGGCCCUUAAAGGCAUUCUUGGAAUCCGGGCCAUGUCCGAGAUUUCUGAACUAGUUGGGGAGACUGAGGAUGCGAAGUUUUAUCGGAAAACUUCCGAAGUUUACAUCAAGAAAUGGCAAGACGAAUUUGCUAUCUCGAGAGAUGGGACACAUGCGAAGUUGGCCUACACCUGGUAUGGUAGUUGGACAACGCUGUACAACUUAUUUGCAGAUUCUAUACUAUGCUUCCACUUACCCUCGAGAAAUUCUCUAGAUUCUGCUGAUGGACAGAAACCUCUGGUUGAAGCAAAGCGGUCGAAAACCGCAUUUGUAGAUGAAAGGAUCUACAAAAUCCAGAGCGACUGGUAUCAUAACGUUCGCCAGAGAUAUGGCCUGCCCCUCGAUAGCAGACAUCUGUACGCAAAAAGCGACUGGGAAUUCUUCGCUGUAGCAGUUGCAAGUAAGAGUGUCCGAGAAGAAGUUGUUGAAUCAAUCGCAUUGUGGGUAAAUGAAACAUCGACUGAUCUUCCACUCACGGAUUUGUAUGACACCGAAGGAACCGGUGGGUUCCCUGGAAUUUCUUUCAAGGCGCGCCCGGUUGUUGGUGGUCAUUUUGCUUUCCUCGCGUUGGAGAGAGUUUGUGAUGGGAAGGCUAUGGAAGCUUUGAGCUUUUUGGACGAAGAGAUGCCCCUGGAACUCCCCAGCAGGAUCUUGAAUGGUGAAUUGUAA